CUAACAAUUACUUUACCUGGCACUCUAGCAGUGUCCAACAGCGCAAUCGCGUCUCACUUUGGCCCAGGUCGCGACUCUGACGACUACUUCGACAACUCAACCGGGCAAGACUUGCUUCUCUGCCUCUUGGCCCAACACACUUAUUCACAUUGGGCUUUAACGUAUAUCACACCCGGCAUCUCUUUACCGUUGCGCCGUCACUCUUAUCACCGAACAACCGCAUGGCAACAUGCCAACCUUUCAGGCCAUCAACGUCGAGCCCGAAGAGAACGUCGAUGAGGAAAUUGAUACCACUAAGCAAAUUCAAGUCGAUGAUGCCUUGAAACUAUUCCAGAACGCCCUCAAGCUCCACGCCCAAGGGCCCCGAUUCUUUGACGAAGCCUCCGACGCCUACAAUGCCCUUUUCGAGUCCGAGAUUUUCAGAUAUCCCGAGAGCAAGACCGAGUACGAGCGCACCGAGGAGCGACCAGAUGGCACUCUUGUCGUCGAACCCACCCUUGCCCAGGGGCUGGAGGUCGGCGCUGCUGAUGUAGAUGGGAUUGCCAGCACUCUACCGCAGACCUUAUACCUAUCCUUCAAGAACCACGGCCAAUUCAUCGUUGAUCGGAUUAAACACAAGGCACGGGCCAGCAAACAGGGGAGCGAGUUCGAUUAUGACGAUCCCGCCAUUCAACAUGACGCCAAGAAAGCCCUGGACGAGUUCAGCGCUGCCCUCGACUAUGACCCGUCUGAUGCCGACUUAUGGAGGAAGACCGCGAGGGUUGCCGCUUUUCUCAAGAGCGCACGCAUUAGUCGUUACAGCUUAGAGGCAGCUGUGGAAUUGGACGAUGACCCUGCUGUUACCGAUUUUGAGCCCCCUUCGCUCGCAGAAGGAUUCGCUGGCGAACAGCUAAAACGACAACUCGAGGUCCUGGACGACAAAAUGGCCCUAAGCCACCCUAUCAUGAAGGCAUUCCGUGAAAAAGGUCUCCCGAAAUUCUUGGAGCGCUACCUCGAUCCGAUACCAUCUCUCCCGGAUUACGCAAAAGCAAUAGCUGCUCCACGACCGAGCUCUGACGAGGUUAGCCAACCUCGUCUUGUCAUGAAUCUCCCGAGCUAUUCCUGGACCGAACUUGGUAUUGCAUUGGUUCACUUCGUGGCAGAACAUGGCUUUUCUGGUCAAGCUGUCACGAUCCAACUACCAGAAGGAAUCGUCGAAGAUGAAGAUGUUCAGAUGGAGAUUGAUAAACAGUUGCAGCCUCCUGAAGAAAGCACACAGGAGGAGGAGGCGGCAGCGGCAGCAGCUGAACCCAUUCCGGCGGAGAAGUCUGGAGCCCAAGACACCGAAGAAGCCGAAUCCAGCGUUAGAGAGACCAAAGUCACUAUUGUCGAGGAGGCCAAAGCGGAUCAGCCCCCAAAGGACAAAACAUCUUCGUUGCCGACAAGGAAACGUUCGCAAUCUGCCGCUGGCAUACCAGAUCCAGCAGAUGAGGAGAAAGGCGAGACGAAGAGGAGCAAAAGAACGAGGCGGAGAGACACUGCACCAGAGGAGGCUAUGGACCCUGCCACGCUACUCGCCACCCAGCUUCAGCCCUUCCAAGCCGCCGACCAGAACCUCUUUCAAAUGACCAAGAAUCUGCUCGAAAAUUUGGGAGUGACAGACCGAGAUACUCUGGAUAGGAUAACCGAGAUCCUUGAUUCUUGCGCUUCGGAUGAUCGAACAAGUAAGAUCCAGAACCCCGCAACAACUGACUUGCGUGAGGCGAUACUCCAUUUCGACCAAGAAACCGCAAGCAUCCUGCUGGACGGUCGGGAAAGUCCACCACUUAGCCUGUCUGCUUUCCUAGAACACUCAAAAUCGCCAUCCCAAAGGGCGGUCGAGCCGCCACAAUUCGAUGACGUACGAAAUAUUCGUGGCUUUGUUACGAGAAUGAACUCGGGCUGGAACACGAUUCAGGAUGUUGUCUAUGAGUAUGUCAAGGCUCUCGCAGAGGGCUACUCGACAGAGAAAUGGUCAGAUCAGAUGAAGGUUGCUGUUGUUCAAGUAAUCAGCCGUUUGGACGAAGGGAUCUACGAACGGGUCUUAUACGAGCUUGAGCAAUGGCAGUUGAGCGAUGCGAGCAGGCUCCAGCCUUUUACAGAUCUUGUCGAUCUGGUCCACAUGCUUUUCGAGCUACACCUUGAUGUGUACGAGCGGAUCACGAACCCUAACAGCGUCGUGGAGCAAAUUACACGAACUAAAGCGAGGAUAAGAUUGGGAAGGUGGUGGGAUCUAGCCACGGAAGUCAGCCGGCGGCGCUGUUUCGAAACCGAUGAUGCUUUGACACUCCGCUUCCUUUGGGCAGCUGUGGCCUUCAUUACAGUUACUGAAGGUGUACCCCGCGAGCACAUCCUUAAUUGCUGGCAUAGUUUGCGCGACCACCUUGCGACAACUUCGGUUCCCGAUAUCGUUCUGCCAAACAACGCAGUGAUGCCGGAGAUUUCGGUGGCCGCUGCCGAUCGUGAAGUCAGCAAGCUAACAACGAUGGAGUUCUUCCUGGGCCUUUUCCAAGAAGAUCAGGGUGACCCCGUGUCCGUUAUCGACACUUUGGAGCCUGUGCUUAAUCCUGAAUCAGUCUGCACCAACAGCUCAUCUACUUCGGACCCUACUCAAGACGCAAUGGACGAAGACACCGAGACUGCCGGAAACGUGAAGUCUAUUAAAGAUUGCGCCAGCCAGGGACUGCAAGAUCUGUGGAACUUCAUCGAGAAGAGCAGCACUGAUCUCCGGUUGCUGCUCUGGUCGAGGCUUGGCGACGCCUACGGUAAAAUCAAGUACACCACAAAACAGUUCUCGUGCUUCCUACGGAGUAUUGAAACGAUUGUGCACGAUUUUGAGCGGGAUGACUACGUCAGUACACCACAAGCAGCUCGAAAGGAGUUGUUCAUGACAAUGCUCAAGGCCCUAGAUGACCAAAUUAUUCAGUCGUUGCAUCUGGCGCUGAAUCACAACAAUUCGUUCGAUAUCAUUGAUGAGGAGCACAUCAAGACUACAUCAGCCGCUCUCGCCAAGGUCAGCUGUCUUCUUCACGUUGCUGCUAUGUACGAGGAUGAGGGCAGUGUGGGAAUAAUUCAGCCACCAGCAAGCGGAUCUCCAGCUGCAUCAUUUCUCAUCAGACUUCGGGAGAUGCAAGUAAGAACAUGGUCCUUGCAGUACACAGUUCUCAAGAUGGGGAUAAAUCUUCACCCAGACAUUUUCCCAACGCCAGAGAAUGAUCUGGCCGAUUAUUUGGCCGCCGUUCACCAAGUCCUAGGUCUAAGGAAGUACUGCAAGUCUUCCAAUAAGAUCUUCCUCAAGAUGAUGCGGGUCGAACUCUUGAAGCUGAAGAACAUCGAAAAUUGGGAGGAUUAUCUCGGUCAAGUCCUCUAUGACCUUCAUGGCCUCAAGCUGGGAGUAGGAAUCUGGGACGUCCAGGAGCAUGACUGCCCACCUGAGAAGCUCGAGAAGCGUCAGGCAUUGGCAAUGGUGGAAAAGAUCAGCUUGCUUGCCCACCGAAUGACAAUGAAGGACUUGUUGAAAUCGGACCUUAAAAACACUGUCGAAUCGAUGCAGCAAGCUAUUGGCUCUGCCAAGUCAACAGCGCAAAUGAUGCACAAUCAUCGGAACUUUAACGAAUAUUUGAAGACGCCGAUUCACCCCUUGCAUUUGUACAAGGCCCUUACCGGCAAUGUGGACCUGGAUGCAGUCACUAUCAACACGCCAGACAGUGCGCCCGCAAAGCACGGUUGGUUCUUCUUGCUGGGCAUGAUUGCUCUUACCAAGUUCAAGGGUGUAGACCUCAACCGCCGCCAGACCCCGGGUGCCCUGGACGAUUUACGCAUCGCAGUCACCUUCUUGCGACUACAGCUUCAGUACACACCAGACAGAUGGGAUGCCUGGUUCCGUCUUGCCGAAUGCUUCGACUAUGAGUUGGAUGAUAUGGUUCUAUGGACCGCCGACAAGAUGAACAAGGACAGGGCAGAUCUCGUCAAGUUCCAGCGGCAGUCGAUUCAUUGUUACACCCUCGCACUAUCACACUCGUAUGCCUCGACCUCAGAUUCCAGAGUCUACGCGUUGUCAGAGGGGGAUACUGAGGCGCUCUAUGACCUAUACCACGAAUUUGGCAUGCGAAUGUACGCAUCGAGCCGCGAACCUUUUGCCAUGGAGCCCUUUAUGCAUUCGGAUCAGCACCGGUUCUUCAUUGAAACAUCGGGCAAUGGUACUUACAAAGAAAUACUGCAUAAUCAGAUGUCGGACUACCAAGUUUGGAAGUUCGCCGCGAGUUUGUUCCGGAAAGCCAUGGCUGGCAAGCCCAAGGACUGGAAGAAUCCAUACAUGAUAGCGAAGUGUUUAUGGAAGAUGUACCAGAAACCGGCGAAGGAGCUCGAUGAAAAGAAUCGCCGCGGCCGACCGACGGUUCAAGCGGUCAUCAAGGCUUUGGAGAAAACUGUCGAGAUUGUUCGGGCGCUACCCAAACCUCGGCACGGCCAGGAUCCGAUUCUUGAGCCACACUACAAAAUCCUAUCAGUCAUCAAUAAGCUCGUUACCCGCGGCGACCUCCCUCGCCAGGAAGCUGCAGACAUUCUGCAGCGACAGCCAUUCGCUCCCGGUCGCGGUGAACAGGUUACGCUAGAAAAUGAUGAGGAUUGGCAUGAGUACAUGCUCAGGUACAUGCGUCACUUGAGGGAUAAGGACAAGUCAAACUGGCAGCAUCGUAUGAUCAUUCGUCAUGCUCGUCUCUUUUUCGAUGGGGACGAGAUUGAAGAUGAAGAAGAUGAGGCGAAGAAGGAGGCAAGCAAGGAGGCUGCUUCCAAGGCCUUUGCUGUUCUGCGCGAGAACAUGUUCACCAAGACGAUGGUGAUGAACGUCUGGAAGUGUGAUGCUGAACGCCCCGGUCGUCAUCAUGUCUACACGGAGCAAUACAUUCGGUACAUGGCCCGGCUGUUGGCCGUCAUGAAUGACAGAGCUAAUCUUGAGGCCGUACUGCGGCGCAUUCGGAAGAAGGGUGUCGACUUUUACCACUUCAACGAACUCUGGCAGCAUGGUGUGCAGAUUUACCUCAAAAUGAUCCGGAAGGCGUUCAACAUCCCAGCACACGAUGAGGAUCCUUUCAAGAACGUUGCACCAGAGGACUUUGAGGCUGUGGCUGAGAAGGUUGUGGAAUGGGUCAUCACGCCAGAGGCUGAGAAUCAUGCCGCCCUGAACGCCAUGAAGGAAGCGAUCGAGCUCAAGAAACUGAACGCCAAUUUGAUGAAAGCUGGACCGAUCGAUGACUUGAUCAAUGAUUGCUACUCGAUCAUUCACCAUGAGUUGCUUCCUGAGCGGGCUGCCUCAGAGGCACCACAAGUCGGGGACGAGCAUAGCCGGGCUGGUGAUGGAGAGUCACCCCAGAAGCCAGCAGAAGGGGAGGAACCCAAGUCCAUGACCCUCAGCAUCCUGUCGGCUCUUCAGGAGAGAGAUCGCGCUGCUGCUGCUUUAGGCUCCCUGCGGGCCCCGUCCGAACAGCCCGACAAGAUGUCAGAAAAGCAACUGUCCUUCAAUGGAGACGUCGCCCACCGCGGUCGCAAGCUCGGCGUUCGGAGACCCGAUGUCCUACGGAAGGCCGAACAAGCCGUAUUGAGGGCCGCAGAAGGCCCACCGAAAGCCUUGUCAGGCGUCACUAGAUCAUCUCGAAAAGGUUCCGCAUCUAGUGGUAGCGGAAGGAAGGGUCAGACAACCCGUGAUGAAGGCGCUGAUGACGAUAACGAUGAGACAGAUGAAGACGUUACUCGCCAUGAUGACGAGGAUAUUGAGAUGAAAGACGCCGAUGAUGAAGACAACAACCGGCCCCGCAGUCGCCGCAGCAGAAGAGGACAGGACGAUACCCACAUGGCCGACGAUGAGCAUGAAGAGGAAGCCAUGUCCUCUCCUCCUGGUAGUGUCCACGACUCAGCCGACGAUGAGAGCGAUCUCAGUGAUGUGCCGGCUGACUACGAGGAUGAUAUCCCUCCAUCCCUACUAUUUCCCAACCUCAGACGCAGCGUCGAUGCCUCUGUUGUCGCUGGUGCUGCUGCCGUGUCCGCUACGACCCCUAUUACCCCCGGCAGACCUACGAUAUACAGUUCGAGCUCGGAAUCAGGCAGCAGUAGCGCUGAUGAGAAUAGAAAAUCGGUGGAGCCAAAGCGGACGCCAAGGAAGCCGAGCUGGCAUAAAAGCCAGGCAGCCAGAGCUCAACAUGAGCACAAUCAGCGGCCGAGAAGCAGCAGUAGCGUUGACCAUCAUAAGCCUGCGACCGAGGGUGGCUCAAUAGGACCGAUGAGAUGGGGGUUGAAGACCGGCGGCAGACCUCGCAAUGGUAGCGGUGCUAGCGCUUCUGCUGUUGUGCAUGAAGUGCCAGAGACGGAGGAUGCUGAAGACGAGGAGGAAGAUGAAGUGGAAGGGGACGUUGAGGAUGAGGGUGAUGAUGAAGGCGAGCAUGAGGGGGUCGAAGAAACCGUUGAGGAGAUUGGAGAGACGGAAGAAGAGGGAGACGAGGAUGUAGAUGAGGAGAUGGAAGAUGCGGAAGGCGAGGAAGAGGUCGAAGAGGGCGAAGAGGAUCAUGAAGAUGAUGAAGGUGCCGAAGUGGAGGAGGACGACGAGGAGGAGGACGACGAGGAAGGAGACGAGGAGGCCGAAGAAGAUGAGGAAGAAGUAAGGCCAGGUGAGCAUGAAGGUGAGCAUGAAGGUGAGCAUGAAGGUGAUGUAGAAGAAGGAACGGAGGAAGAAGAGGGGGGUGAAGAGGGGGAAGACGAAGAAGGUGAUGAAGAAGAAGAAGAUGAGGAGGAGGCAGGCGAGGAGGCAGACGAGGAAGAAGGCGAAGACGAAGACGAGGAGAUUGGCGAUGAAGAUACGGAUGAUGGGAGCGAGCAUGACAGUGCAACAGGGGUGAAUUAGGGCCUCUACCUUGGUUGGGGGUCGCUCGACUCAAGCUCAGGGCCAUCGAGCCCUGACGAGUUUGACGAGUUUGACGAGUUUGACGAGUUU